AUGAUGAAGAAAUUGAUGGCUGACCAACAGGUCCAAGCCGUAGCAAUGAGAAAUUGGAGCGCCAAAUGGGACAACUUGCCAGUGCCCAAAAUACUUGACAAGUUGGAGCUCUUCCAAGUGACACUGAAGCUAAUCCUAAGAAUCAAAUCAGAAAAAUCAAAGGAGCCAGAGAAGCCAGCUGAAGAGGCGGUGGCUGAGCAACCCCCACCAUUAGGUGCGAGGCCACUACCUCUGUUCCCUCAAAGAUUGCAGAAAGUGAAGGAUAAUGCCGCAUAUAAAAAGUUUCUUGAUAUUUUGAAACGGGUGCAAAUCAAUAUUCCACUGGUAGACAUCUUGCAAGAAGUGCCCAAAUACUCAAAAUACAUCAAGGACAUAGUUGUAAAUAAAAGGAGGCUGACUGAAUUCGAGACUGUGGCACUCACUGAGGAAUGUAGCUCUAGAAUCCAAAGCAAGCUACCUCAGAAAUUGAAAGAUCCAGGUAGUUUCACCAUCCAAAUCUCAAUCGGUAAACAUGUAUUCGGGAGAGCUUUGUGUGAUCUUGGAGCAAGCAUCAAUCUGAUGCCGCUAUCUAUGUUCAGACAGUUGGGUUUGGGUGAGCCGCGCCAAACAACAAUAAUCUUACAGUUGGCUGAUCCCUCCCUUGCUCAUCCGGAAGGAGUGACUGAAUAUGUGUUAGUUCAAGUGGGUUCUUUCAUAUUCCCUACUGAUUUCAUUAUCUUGGACUACGAGCUUGAUCAGGAAGUCCCAUUUAUUUAG